AAAAAUUGAUCGCUCAGAACAUGGGACGCUUCAGAUGGGAGCUCUCCAUGUGAUUCAGUGAGUGCCUUUAUCAGCGGCAGCUGCAGUUCCCCUCAUAGACACUCACACUGCCUCUCUGAGCAAGAGAAACAAGGACGUCCUUCUUUUGCCUAGAAACCAGAGAUGUUAGGAACGAGCAGUUAAAGACUCGCUGUAUCAUUACUGCUCAACUUUCAUUUCUGAGGAGUUAAUCAGCUUCUUGAAACAUUUGAAAUCGCCCGUGCAGAUCUGGCGACAAGGAACUACUUGAAAAGCUUAACCUGAAUGUAAUAUUUGGUUGAAGAAGGCAGGAAUAAAAAGCCAUCAUCAUGAAUUUUGUUAUGAAGCAAGCGUUGGGAGGAGCGACCAAAGACAUGGGGAAAAUGCUGGGGGGCGAGGAGGAGAAGGACCCUGAUGCUGAGAGAAAGGAGGAAGAAAGACAGGAAGCCCUCAGGCAACAGGAGGAGGAGAGGAAGGCAAAGUAUGCAAAAAUGGAAGCGGAGAGGGAAUCGAUUCGACAGGGCAUCAGGGACAAGUAUGGUAUAAAGAAGAAGGAAGAAAAGGAGGCAGAAGCCCAAGCAGCCAUGGAGCAGGCGUCAGAGGGUAGUCUGACCCGCCCCAAGAAAGCAAUCCCUGCUGGCUGCGGCAAUGAAGAGGAGGAGGAGGAAAGCAUCGUGGACACCGUCAUGAAGUUCCUCCCAGGCCCGCUUCAAGAUAUGUUCAAUAAAAAGUAACAGCAUUCCACGACAAGUCGUGAUAAAAACGGGAAUCAUUAAUGUCAUGAAAGCCACUUCCUCUUUCCCCUUCCCCUCUCUCAUUUGUUCUAAGAUCUCUGGAUUCAAAACGUGUGCCAUAACAUCUGUCUUUAACUGCGAUACAUGUGACAUUUUUUGAUGAAAAGAAUGAGGAAAAAUACAAUCUGUGCACUAGAAAUGUUACAUUGCAUACGCUCUGCUUGAAGACAAAUUUAAUGCCCCCUGAGUCCAGACCUUAGAACAAGAAUAUUCCCCAUGCUUCAUUAAUUUUGUUUGUAAAUAGCAAAUGAAAAAAUAGCUGUAUAUGACUUUAGGAUAUAUAUAUAUAUAUAUAUAUAUAUAUAUAUAAACAAUGACUAUGAGUAAAAGCCAUAAAUUUAUCUUGGAGGGAUUUCUCCAAUCAUAUCAUAUUUUUGAUUGUUGCUCUGUUAUAGAUAUAAUUGAUAAAUCCAUGUGGUAUACCUAGAGAUAUAUACUGUAUACAGAUUCAUUUAACAUCCAUACAUCAAACUAGUAUACAGUUGCUGCCAUCAUGAAUUGUCACAUUGUAUCCGACUGAAAACUGUAAUAUGUAAGAGAACGUACACUAUCACAUGAUUUGGCUGUUUUGCUGUUUGCUCUAAGCAUAAUAACAUUUUUUUUUUCUUUAUCAGUACACUGUAUCCAAUUUCCUUCGGCGUUUUUAGCUGAAAUACACUAAAAUUUAAGGCAAUAACUCUGGUUUUGGAUUUUGUUGUCCGACAUAAACCAGUGUUAAAUGGCAUAUUGCUCACAUCUAUAUAGAUCUUCCUUUUGAGAAAAGUAAACUAUACGUCCCUCACUACAUCGUCACGCACAUUCACAUCACACUCUAGUAAACUGGAUUUCACUGAUUAAAAAGAAAUCACAUAUGUUAGCCAGCCACAGCAAGAGAAACCAUAGCACUAGGUGUUUUCUUGAAUUGACUUGUUUGUGCUUUUACAGUACUUUAGAUUGUGAGGGGUGACAUCAAUCACAUACAACUACAAUUGGAUCAAUAGGGCUAUAUAUAUAAAUAUAUAAUCUCUUCAUAUUCACUGCUGUACAGUAGAAUCUAGUUCUUUAGUGUCUACAUUUAUUUACGUUAGCUCUCACAACAUGGUUGUGAGCACACAUUACGUAAACAGACAGUGACAAUGGUGCAAUAUUUGUUUCUGAAUGAAGAUGUCCUGUGUCCGUUGGUUGUAUAUGGGACUCUGAUCCCAGAUCAGCAAUAACAGACAAUCUUCAUGGUUAUGUAUUCAGCUUAUUUGCUAGAGAAUGUUUGUGUGCAAAUGCCAUGUCGUCUUCCUAGUAUCAGUCAAGCAAGCUUAGUAAAAGGAAACUGGAGAAGGAGGUUGCGCGAUUCCUACUUUUUAGAGUCUCUAAACAAAGCCUGGCUCUUAUUUUAUGAGCUAUGAAUGGAUCUGACUUUGUUUUUAUGCUUGCUUGUUGCUAGUUUAUGUAUGACGUUAUUUCUUGUUGCUGUAACUGCAUUGAUAAGAGGGAAAACAGCGGGACUGAAUUCCUCAAUAAUGAGAAAAUCAGAUUUGAAAGACGCAAAGUCAGAUUGUAUUAUCCAUCCUCUCUUUUUUUACUAAGAAAAUAAAAAGAUAAGCUACUUGGCCGUGGUUUGAUAGUGUGUGCUUGUAUUCUUAUUAGAUUAUGUCCGCAAUUACUGUAAGUAACAAUGCAUUCAGGAAAACCUGUUAGUCGCAAAUGUGUAUGUUUAAAUUUGAACAUCAUUCAAUAUUCAGAAAAAUACAACUAGGAAUCAGGCUGCCAUUCUGUUGUUUUUAAACAUUCCAAAUAUUCCAGACAUUCCAUCCAAUCCACACUUGCCUGUGAAUGAAAAACAAAAAUGUUUUUUUCAGUGUCUCUAGAAAUCAUACGAUAAGACGUGGCUUUUCAGAGUAAAAUAGUUUCAUAUUAUAGCACACGGACACGUUGAUGUAAGAGCUUUCCUGCCAUGUACCACAAGAACCAAGGAGUUAAUUAAAUUUAUAUUAAUGUUUAUGAUAUGAAUGUGCUUGCAGAUUAGAAUGGUGUCCUUCAACAGCUGAACAAACUAGCCAGUUGCUAAGAUGCUAAAUUUAAUAUUAGUGGUCAAUCAUCCUGAAUGUUGUCAGAUUUUACUGCCACUUGUGUUUAAGGCCUUUACUCACAAGAAAUGACAAUGUCAGCUAUACCACUUUCGGAGAGGAGAUUCAGCUAAAAACAUUUGCAUAGCAUUAGCAUAGUUAGCUAAAAACAUGCAACUGACUUAAUAUCUCCCAUUUCCGCCACCCAGAGUGUACUUUACAAUCGACAGAGGUCUUUUUUGGAGCACAAACAUGUUUUUUCUACAUGACUAUCAACUGCCCUUGAUUCUGCCGCUCUUAUAGUCUGUGUGACGUGGUGAAUUUUCAGCAGCUGCACUGAUAAAUAAAUACUGCCCGAGACCCAUCACUCAUCUUAUAUCAUCACCUGUUUUAUUAAACCAAAGAGUGUUCCUGUUUGUGAGAUUGUCUGCUGUUAUUAUUUUUAUUAUCAACUUUUAUUAUUUAUUAUCAAUUUUAUUAUUAUUGUCAACAUUUUUGUUUUCUUCAUUUUAAUGUUGUUUUGUUUUUUGUUUUUUUACUUUAUUGUCUGAAGUGGUGUAAUAUGCGACUACCAUGUCAGUUCUUUGGGCUUUGGGUUUUGUGAUUGUCUUAAACAGAUUCCUAAAACAAAGAACAAAGAAAUUAUCACACAAUUAAAUUUAAAAGUUUAACAUUCACCAAUUCCCUGAACAUAUUUUGUAUGUUUACUUCAGUACUGUAUAAGAGUAAAGAAAAAAUAUUGCAUAAUCAUCAUGAUGUUCUCUAAAUGUAAAUCAACAUUUGACAUGCAUUCACUCAAAGUCAUUCCGUGUCUCUCAGAUGCUAAUGAAGAUACUGCCUAACACAGUAGCGUUAUGAAAUAUUCCAUUGUUGUUAUCUGAAUGUACGUGUCUACUGUUCUACUGCAUUGUCCUAUGUGGUUUCCUCUGUGUUAAAAACGAUAAAUUAUCUUGGUGUGAUUUUCCGUCUGUAAUCUGUUCCUGUCUCUAGGUGGUUGUAUUUUGGAAAAAUUCUGUUUCUUAUUUGGUGCAUUUUUUUUUUUUAAGUCACUAGAUUUUCCUCCCUCCUCUUUGUUGAUGAAUUGUAUGCAUGCAUAUGAUGUGCACUGUAGGUGAGGUUAUAAAUGAUAUUUCUGUGUGUCUUCUGUGUUUUCCGAGCACUCCACCUGUAGGCCUCACUGCAUGCCCGUUAUAGACAGAUUUUAGACUGUAACAUUCCUGCCAAAUGGAAUCACCACACACAGAUAAUAAAGUGAUUUCAUAUAA